UUGAAUUUGUUUAUCCGGGGAGAGAGUCGGACGUGGGAGACGCACGAAAUACCCACUCAACUGAGAAUUGCCUCCUUCACCGGUAAUAACCAACCAGAAAACUCACGAUCUUAACACGAACGUGGGAAGUUAUCGGCGCUCAAUGGGCUCACCACGAUUUACCAGCUAUAAAAGAGGCAAGAUGGAUGAUCAACCCAGAACAAGGAAAAAGAAGAGAAUCAAAUUCCUGCAAUUUCAAUUUGGAUUUCGAUUUGGUUCGGAAGAGCACUCAACUGAAUCGUGUUUAGAAGGAUUGGUGAGAAUCAGUGAGCAAUUAAGGUAUCAAAUUUGGUCGUUACAAAAAAAAAAAAAAAGCUAGAUGUGCAAUACCUUCAUGUUAAUGCAGCUAUUGAUUCCAGCAUAGGCCUUAACCCAGCCCCUCUUUUAGAGUUAUCAGCAACAAUUGGAAGUAAGGAUCUUAGGAAGGUUGAUGAAAUUGGAAUUCAAGUCCUUAUUAGAUGCUCUGUGGUGGCAGUAAAGUUGAGAGUUCAUAGGCAACGGUGAAGCAAACCACUGAAUUGCUUCGCUCGGUGCGCGUAUACCCUACACAAAUCAAGUUGGGGCUUUGAUUGAUGUUGCAAAGGUAGCUGGGGAGUAGCUGAUUGCUGCAAAUCUGUGGGUAAGGACAUUUAAAAUCAUAAACUUUGUUGACGAAAUAAAGAAGAAUACAUCUACAAGUUUUAAGAGUUGUGAAGACUAUUGACAAACAAAGUCAGGUGGUUUGCUUCCAAAAAAAAAGGACUGGUAGUGGUUUGAUAUCAAACUAAAACUACAUUUAUAGGUCUCAAGACAUAGUUGCUGAAUUAUGGUAUGCUUCCAGUGAAGUACGCAUUGGUUAAAUGGCUUCUUCGUCACGGUCUCUUCAGCCGCCACCUAAUGGAGAUCAGGGAAACACAAUGCUACAGGCAUUAGAGGCAGAAAGGCAUCGUAGGAAUGCCCGACAAAGAGAAAGGCGACGGUCAUUAAAUUCCUCACAACGAGCUGAGUGUUCAGCCCGAAGACGCGCCAAUUAUCAAAUGCGGCGAACUAUGGAAAAUAUAAGUAACAAUGGAAAUCAAGUGGAAGCAAGGGAGGGAAGUAGUCUCGAUCCUAUUCAUCCAAACAAUAGGCCACGUAGUAAUGUUACUGCACAAGCACGUGGUAGAGGUCGCGGACGCAGGCGCGGGCGCGGAACUCAUAAUUGUGCUAGAAAUUUUAAUGAGGCCAUCAGAGUCACAAAAUUUCAGUUGCCAGCAUCGACGACAUGUCCACAUUGUCAUGCCCGUUUAUUCUAUCACGAAAGUAGAGACAUGUGUUGCUCCCAUGGAAAGAUUGUCUUGCCUCCCAUACAUUCUCCUCCAGAUAUGAUCGAGCUAUUCUCCUCUGAAUCUCCACAAGGAGCCCAUUUUAGGCAAAACAUUCGAGCCUACAACCAUGUAUUUUCAUUCACAUCAAUGGGUGUGCAUGUCGAUGAAAGUCUUGCAACCGGGGGUGGUACUUUCACAUUUCGUGCUCAGGGAUCCAUAUAUCAUAAGAUAGGAAGUCUUCUACCAAAUGUCAAUGAUAGACCAAGAUAUCUACAAUUGUAUAUAUAUGAUACUGACCAUGAAGUGGACAAUCGUAUGCUGGAGAAUGCAGCAUUACAUAGAGAUGUGGUUGAAAAAAUACAGAGAAUUUUGAAUCAACAUAACCCAUUUGUGCAAACAUUUCAUCACCUAGCUCAGCGUCCGGAUUUGCAAAAUUGCAGACUCAUCAUUAGAGAGCAAGCUGCAAACCAACAUCAGUACAGUUUGCCUUCAGCAUCCCAGGUUGCUGCAAUAAUAGUGGGUACAAAUGAUGUGGAAAAUCUGACAGGUCGUGAUAUUGUUGUGCAAACAAAGCAAGGCCAGCUUCUAAAUAUUCGAGAUUGUGUUGGGUACUAUGAUCCCUUACAGUAUCCAUUAUUGUUCCCAUAUGGAACAUAUGGAUGGGAUGUGAAUAGUAGGAAUAAUAAUGGUCAAAAAUUGACGUGUCGUGACUAUUAUGCGUAUAUUUUGCAGAUCCGUCAAUAUGAUGAUUCACUUUUACUCCGAGGGGGCCGUCUAUUGCAACAAUAUGUCGUGGAUAAUUACGUCAAAAUUGAAACACAAAAGUUGAGAUGGAUUCGCAGCAAUCAAAGUACUCUUCGACGUGAGUUGUAUGACGGACUACAUGACUCACUUAAUGCUGGUGAAAAUAAUGCAGGAGUCUUGGGUACUAUUGUUGCAUACGUAUAUGUCAUCGAGUUUCAAAAACGUGGUCUCCCACAUGUUCAUAUGCUUCUCAUGUUGAGUGACGAUGAUAAACUAAACAACCCAGAUGAUUAUGACCACAUUGUUCGGGCUGAAAUUCCAAAUCAAAAUGAAGAGCCAGAGUUAUACAAUGCAGUGUUGGGGCACAUGAUACACGGUCCAUGUGGGGUACAUAGGCGAACUGCUCCAUGUAUGAAGCGUGGGAGCUGCAAACGAGGCUAUCCAAAGCCAUUUUCAGUAACCACAUUUCAAGGAAAUGAUUCUUAUCCUGUUUAUCGUAGACGAGAUAAUCAAUCAGAUAUGCAAUCUAAUGGCAAUCAAAAUAGACCACUGGAUAAUAGUUGGGUUAUCCCCUAUAAUCCAUGGUUACUCACAAAAUAUGAUUGUCAUAUCAAUGUGGAAAUUUGUUGCAGCAUUAAGAGCGUCAAGUAUUUGUAUAAAUAUGUCUACAAAGGUCCAGACAGAGUAACAUUUGAAGUUCGGCCUGAAGCAAAUCAAGAUGAAAUAAGAAACUUUGUUGAUGCAAGAUGGGUUUGUGCACCAGAAGCUUUGUGGAGGAUGUUUAAAUUCGUGAUGAAUCGAAUGUAUCCAUCAGUGGAACGAUUGCAAAUUCAUCUUCCAAAUCGACACAAUGUUUUCUUUAAUGCCACUGAAAGUGUAACAGCAAUUCUGGCAAAUGAAAGAAGCUCGAUGACAAUGCUCACAGAAUUUUUUACUAAGAAUGCUUAUUUUGAAAGUGCACGUCAAUACUUAUAUCGAGAGUUUCCUGAGCAUUACAAAUGGGAUGGGAGACUUAAAACAUGGGAAGCAAGGGAGACCAACCAAAAAGUCAUUGGAAGAAUUUACACAGUGUCACCUUCAGAAGGAGAAAAGUUUUACUUGCGUGUUCUUCUUAAUCAUGUUCGAGGACCUAAGUCAUUUGAGGAUUUAAGGACAGUUGAUGGGGUCUUACAACCGACAUUCAAGAAAGCAGUUGAAGAACGUGGUUUGUUAGAAGAUGAUGAAAGUAUUAGACAAUGUCUACGUGAGGCCUCUAAUAUACGUAUGCCGUCAUCUUUAAGAAGAUUGUUUGUUACCAUCCUGGUUUAUUGCAUGCCCCAUGGAGUACGCAGUUUGUGGGAUGAAUUUUAUCCAUUCAUGAUAGAGGAUUAUCCUUCUUCGAGCACCACGGACAAUGUACGUAUCACAAAUAGACUUUUACGAGACUUGAACGAGUUGUUGGUGCAACACAGUAAGUCCGUCUUUGAUUAUGACUUGCCAGAAAUGACUCAAGAUGGUGGUGAAAAUUCUUCAAUGCCAAGGCUAAUACAAGAUGAAAUUUCAAUUAACAUUCCUCAAGAAGACCGUGAUGCGGUUCAUCAUUUGAAUGAGGAUCAAACUUUUGCAUACAAUUCCAUAAUAUCUGCUAUUGAGUGUCAUGACAAUGCCAUAUUUUUUGUUGAUGGUCCAGGAGGAACUGGAAAGACAUACUUAUAUCGUGCAUUAUUAGCAAGCUUGAGAAGCAAUGAUCAUAUUGUAUUGGCAACAGCAACUUCUGGCAUAGCAGCAAUAAUACUACCUGGUGGGAGGACGGCACACUCUAGGUUUAAAAUUCCUCUUAAUCUUGAUGCAUCUUCAACAUGUUGUAUUAGUAAACAAUCUGAUUUAGCAGAGUUGAUAAGAAAGUCAUCGGCAAUUGUUUGGGAUGAAGCACCAAUGAUGAAUCGAUAUGGGUUUGAAGCUCUUGAUCGAACAUUUAGAGACAUAACAAGUGUCGAUUUGCCAUUUGGAGGAAAGGUGAUGAUCUUCGGGGGUGAUUUCCGACAAGUUCUUCCUGUUAUCCAUAAGGGUACGAGAUCUGAGAUGGUGCAAGCCAGUUUGAUUAAUGCUUCAUUUUGGAAGGAUGUGAAGAUUCUUCGUUUGACACAGAAUAUGAGAUCCAUCAACGAUCCAGAUUUCUCAGAGUUCUUACUUCGUGUUGGUAAUGGAGAACAACCAACUGUGGUUGAAGACAUAAUACAAAUACCUUGGCCCAUGAUCAUACCAUGGGAGAAUGAAGAAUCAAUCAACCAGUUGGUUAAUCAAGUCUUCCCUAAUUUGGAUCGUCAUGUAAAUGAUGCCGGGUACAUGGUUGAAAGAGCAAUAAUUACUCCAAAAAAUGAUGAUGUUGACGUACUCAAUGAAAGAAUCAUACAACACUUUCCAGGGCCUGAACGAAUCUUAUACUCUUUCGACUCAGUUGAGGAUGACACCAGAAAUAUGUAUCAACAAGAAUUUUUAAAUUCGAUUUCACCUUCUGGUAUGCCGCCACAUCAGUUGAUUAUAAAGAAAGGUGCCCCAAUUAUGCUUUUGAGGAAUAUUGACCCAAAGAUGGGGUUGUGCAACGGUACAAGAUUGACUUGCCGCGGAGCAUAUAACAAUCUAAUUGAUGCAGAGAUUUUAACAGGACAUUUUUCGGGAACUAGAAUUUUCUUGCCAAGAAUCGCUCUUAAGAGUGCCGAAAGUUCUGGACUCCCGUUUGAGAUGACAAGAAAGCAGUUCCCCGUAAAGUUGAGUUUUGCACUUACCAUAAAUAAAUCACAAGGCCAGACAAUACCAAAUGUUGGUAUUUACCUUCCUGAUCAUGUGUUCAGCCAUGGACAACUGUACGUGGCUUUAUCGAGAGGAGUUUCAGAGGCAAGCACCAAAGUUUUGGUAAAAAAAGGACACCGUGAGAUUGCUAAUCUUAAGAGCAGCAAGGAAGAUAACUUUUCAAAGGAAAAAGAAUGA